AAAACUACAUCCGUGGCCGUGGUAUUCGCGUGGCAUAAAAUUCACACAUCAAUAAUCAUUAUUCAGUUCUUGAAUAGUCAACAUUCACUUCUUCAAGGUUCAAGCAAUUGCGUGAGGAAUCAACUGCAAAUUUCUGUAAAAAUCAUCAUGGAUAUGUUCAAUCAUGAUCAAGAGCCCCUUCAGAUAUGAGUUUUUUCCGAGAAUUAAUCGACAAUUUCAGCUCCAUAUUUUCUGAUUCUGGUUCACCAUCAAACAGAGCAAAUCAAAGCCCUAGUUCAUCCAAUUAUCAAAAUCGAGCAGCCAUGGAAGGGGUGGAGAAUGAACGGGCCGCGUAUAAGCUUAAGGGAUACUUUGAUCUGGCAAAAGAAGAGAUUGAUAAAGCGGUUAGGGCAGAAGAAUGGGGUUUAAUUGAUGAUGCUAUCUUACAUUAUCAAAACGCUCAACGUAUAUUAGGCGAAGCCAUUGCUACACCUGUACCUUCGUAUAUCAGUUCCAGAGAACAAGAGAAGGUGAAAUCUUAUCGCCAAAAGAUAUCAAAAUGGCAGGGUCAAGUUUCUGAGAGACUACGCACUUUAAACCAUCGAUCAGGUGGCACGUCAGUAAACAAGAAUGCCUCUACUCAUUUACAAGCUACUCCAGUCUCUCCAUCGAAGCCUAAUCCUACAAAAUCAGUGUCACAAAAGUCUUCUGCUGCUUCCAGUUUACGUGGUGCUGUAACACGAAAUCAGAGUAACAAAGCAAUGAACAUAACAAAGCCUGUUCAAGAAUCUAAUAGUGGUCUUGAUUCAAAAUUGGUUGAGAUGAUAAAUUCUGUUAUUGUGGACAGAAGUCCAUCUGUCAAAUGGGAAGAUAUUGCUGGGCUUGAAAAAGCUAAACAAGCUUUGCUGGAAAUGGUAAUCCUGCCAACUAAAAGAAAAGAUCUAUUCACAGGCCUCCGUAGACCUGCUAAAGGUUUGCUUCUCUUUGGUCCACCUGGCACUGGUAAGACCAUGCUUGCCAAGGCAGUUGCUUCAGAAUCACAAGCAACCUUUUUCAGCAUCUCUGCUUCCUCUUUAACAUCAAAAUGGGUGGGAGAAGGUGAAAAACUUGUUCGGACCCUUUUUGCAGUUGCUGUUGAACGACAACCCUCUGUGAUAUUCAUGGACGAGAUUGAUAGUGUGAUGUCAGCAAGAACAUCUAAUGAGCAUGAUGCUAGCAGAAGAUUGAAGUCAGAGUUUCUAGUUCAAUUUGAUGGGGUUACCUCAAACUCCAAUGAUCUAGUAAUUGUUAUCGGUGCAACGAAUAAGCCACAAGAAUUAGAUGAUGCUGUCCUUAGGAGAUUGGUGAAGAGAAUAUACAUCCCGUUGCCAAAUGCAAAUGUUCGAAAAAAUCUUCUCAAGCACAAACUCAAGGGUCAAGCAUUUUCCUUACCAAGUGGAGAUUUGGAAAGACUUGUGAAAGACACUGAGGGGUAUUCUGGGAGUGAUCUGCAAGCUUUGUGUGAAGAAGCUGCAAUGAUGCCAAUAAGAGAACUUGGUUCAAACAUUCUGACAGUCAAGGCUGAUCAGGUACGACGAUUAAAAUAUGGAGAUUUCCAAAAGGCUAUGGCCGUGAUCCGACCAAGCUAUGUAAAAAGCAAGUGGGAAGAACUUGACAAUUGGAACAAAGAGUUUGGAUCUAACUAAUAUACAAGCCCUAAUUAAACAACUAAUUAAUGUUUAAGGUACAACUUUUAUUGCAUGAAGUACAAGUGCUGUUGAUUGUACUUCAAAGUUAUUAGACUAGCUUUUUAUAUUUUGAUGGCAUUUUGAAUUCUAAAAUAUGUAUAGAAAUGUAUUGGUAUAUGAUUUAUGAAUUGAAGUUGGGUUGUAGAUUUAGAUAGUUUAAAGGAAG